ACGGCUGCGGUGAAUUUCUGGGAGGGCAUCCCAAGACACGCUGAUGUGCAACCACCCACGACCCUCUGCAGCCCCUAUCAGCUGGGCUUCUGGUGUCUGGGCUCCAGUCAGACCGUUUUGCAGUUUUGGUGGAUUAAAUCCUGCGUGCGGGUCUCGUGUCGUGGUGGAGUCGAGCGGAAGUUUGUCCUUGGUUUGUAUACGUUGAGCAGCGAGGAGGGGAGGGCCUGGUGGCGAGCAGAGGGCUGCAGGCGUAGCCUUGGCAGGUGACCUCUCUGGAAAGAGGUGGCAGCAUCCUUGUCUUCUGCAGGUGCCGGCACAGAGGGAGCAAAACCGGCAGGGUAAGCAGGAGCUGCCGUUCCAUGGGUGGGGGUGACGGGGGACGUGUCCCCACGCUGUGGCACGAGCAGCGCUGCCACCAUACCGUGGGAACGCUUGGUUCCUCUUCUGGGCGGCGAGCAGGCUCGCAACAUGCGGUGGGUGACUGGUGGGCAGAGGUUCCCACGCGCCCGGCCAGGCUGGUCCCGGCAGGGGCCACCCCACGUGGGGCAGCGGGCGGCAUCUGACUGGGAAAAAUACGGGACUUUGCUGGAGGGUUGUAAUGCUUCUGACAUGAAGAAGGACAUAGAGUCUUUAAUAGCUCAGGAAAAAGCGGAGAUCGUUGCCAAGUAUGAGAAGGGCCGGCAGGAGGGAGCUCAGAUUGACCCGUGGGAAGAUGCUGAUUUCACGCUGUAUAAGGUUACAGACCGGUUUGGAUUCCUGCAUGAGCAGGAGCUGCCGACCCGUACCGCCUUGGAGGAGAAGCAAAAGCAGCAGGAAAUAGAACGUGUGGACAAGUGGCUAAAGAUGCUGAAGAAAUGGGGCAAAUACAGAAACAGUGACAAGAUGUGCCGGCGAGUGUACAAAGGGAUCCCACUGCAGGUGCGAGGCCAGGUCUGGUCGCUUCUGCUGGACGUUGAGAAGAUGAAGAAGGAGAACGAAGGAAAAUAUGAGCAAAUGAAAGAGCAAGCAAAGAGCCUUUCGUCGGAAAUCAAGCAGAUCGACUUGGACGUCAACCGCACCUUCCGGAACCACAUCAUGUUUCGGGAUCGCUAUGGAGUGAAGCAGCAGGCGCUCUUCCAUGUCCUGUCAGCAUACUCGGUUUAUAACACUGAGGUGAGCUACUGCCAGGGGAUGAGCCAGAUCGCAGCCGUCCUGCUGAUGUACCUAAACGAAGAGGAUGCGUUCUGGGCGCUGGCGCAGCUGCUGACCAACCAGCGGCACGCCAUGCACGGUUUUUUCAUUCCUGGGUUCCCGAAGCUGCAGAGGUUUCAAGCUCACCACGAGCAGAUUUUAAGCAAACUCUUUCCCAAACUGAAGAAGCACAUGGACAAGGAGCAGAUGACUACGGGGAUUUACACCACCAAGUGGUUCCUGCAGUGUUUCAUUGACAGGACCCCCUUCACCCUCACCCUGCGGCUGUGGGAUAUCUACAUUCUGGAAGGCGAGCGGGUGCUGACGGCCAUGGCUUACACCAUCCUCAAGCUGCACAAAAAGCGCUUGCUGAAGAUGACGCUGGAAGAUUUACGGGAAUUUCUGCAGGAGAAAAUUGCCGCUUCCCUGCAGUACGAGGAUGAUGCCGUCAUCGAGCAGCUGCAGGUGUCGAUGACUGAACUGCGCAAGAUGAAAUUUGACCUUCCCCCACCAGCAAAGCCUGAGGAGUUCCCACGGAAACCCCUGGGGCUGGAGCUCUCCCUCAACCCAGUAGCUGUGAAGGGCAGCGUGGCGGCCAACGGCCAGAAUGGGCGGGUGGGCGAGCACCCCCCAGACAGGGAGCCCCAUCCCCAGCGAGGUCCCGGGGCCCUGGGAGGAACGGCGGUGGCAGACUCCAGGACUCCCACCCUCCCGGGCAGCGAAGCAGCUGAAACGACGGACAUCCCCCUGCAUCCUCCUGUGGGUGGGCUGCCGGGAGAGGAGCGUCGGGUGGAACCCACCGAGGAUGGGCAGCUGCCAUCUCUUCUGAAGGCAAGUGAGAUGCAGGGCCACCACCACCUCCUGCCCACGGCCCUGCCUCCGGAGCAGCCGCUCCUCGCUCCCGGCCGGGCCGUGGUGAACCACGGGCCGGUCUCCCUCCCCACCCCAGCCAAGCAUGGCUCCUUGGACUCCUUGCUCCAAAACGCGCCGUGUCCUCCGGACUUGAGCACAGCUGAGCCUUCUGCUGUGGACCACGCGGUAUGGCAGCCAAGUCCUGCUGCCCGGCUGGCAGGAGAACAAGCAUCUUCCCUCGGUGAAGACAAAGCGCUCGAUGCACCCCCUCGCCCCUGGCCGGGCGGCUGCCAGCAGCUCUCCGGCACAUCACAGCACGACAGCUCCCCUGAGAGCGAGCGCAGGGAGCAGACAGCUGAGGAGCGCUGCCGAGUGGCAUUGCCAGACCCAACGGACUUGAAGCGCUUGGCAGCCAAAGCUGCAUCCACGGGGGAGCUCACCAGUUUGCAGCAGAACGGGCCGGGGAGCCCCACUGGCCCCGGGCGCUGGCCGGAGGGCUUGUGCGCGCUGCCGGGGGGCAGCAUGCCCCUCUUGUCCGGCAGCGAGUCGGUGGCCACGGGGCUGGGUGAGGGCUCCCCUGGGCAGCCGGCACCGGAGGCGGGGAACAGCCCCCACGCCGUCAUCAAAACCACCACUCCCCUCCACAUGGCCCACGCGACAGAGCAGGACUUGGCCAACAGAAAGCAGGUGGCAUCGCCUCUGCCGGAGACGGGACGUCCCCUGCCUGCCAGCUCCGUGCCACCCCCUCUCGCGCUGGACCCGGCGGAGGCAGACGCCCAAAAGAGCCUCCAGAAACCAUUAAACGCACUGAAAGCCCCACGGCCCCCCCUGAGCCCCAAACCAAAAUUACCGCCGCAGGUUGCCAAAUCCCGCUCGGAGAACAGUUUCCUCUCGGGCUCCCCUCCCCUGGCGAAGCUGCCCAAAUCGGUCACCUAUUAGUGGGGACAGGGGGGAGGCGAGGGAGAGGAAGCGGGUGCUGGAGCAGCACCCUCGCCCCGUUUUCGGGACCACCCCCCCUUCAGCAGGGCCGUGUCGGGGUGGCAGCACAGCACUGUGCUUCGGUACGAGCGCCCGGCGAGGAGGUUGGAGCGGUGGCCGCCGGUGCCAGGAGCCACCAGCAAAUUGGGUUUGCAUCGUUCCUAUGGACAAAUGGGAAAGCGCUUUCGUUUUUGUGUUGCUCGAAGCUCUCUGAGCCUCGUCACGCGUUGGUGGGGCAGCAGCAGGGCUGGCGAACGCAGCUGGGGAACGCGGUGCGUGUUUUCUGCUCCUGUCUGCUGUGGGUACCCGUGGCCGUGGGCGUUUCUUUAAAAUGCCCGGCGGGUGCAGCCAGCAGCGUUGCUCCCAAAGGGCCCUGCCGCCGUAGCUCGGCGUUCGUGGCAGGCGGUGGGAGUGGGGGGGGUGGCAGGGCCGUGGUGCCCGGCAGGGCACGGGCAGCGCUGCCCGCUCCGUGCAAUCCCGCAGAGCGGUGCCCGGCUCUUCCCGGCGCCUACUGCAGUGGCGGGGGCUGUCUGGGGCAGGGGGGUCUCCUUGGUGGGACCCCGGUGAAGGACCACCGCCAGGGUGGUUUCUUUCCCAAGGUGACAGGGACAGCAAUGGAGGUUGAGCCUGGUCUUCCUGCUGGCCUUCCCCUCCUGGGUGCAGGGUGGGAGCUGCUGGUGGCGCGGCGCGGCACGGCAAAGCCGGCUUGGUGAGCAAGCGUCGGGGAAGGGGAGCGCGCUGCCCCCAGCCUGCACUCGGCCCACCCAGAAAUCAGCACCCAAGGAAGGAAAGCCAGGCAUGGCGGUUGGGAUGGUGAUGCUGUAGAGCAUCAGCGUCACCACGGCACGCUGCUGGGGAGAUGAGGCAGCGGGUGCCUGCGUGCCCUUCAUGCACCGAGUCCUGCUGGGCUGGCCAUGUCCUCCCCAUCCCGCUGCACAGCCCAAACCAUCGGCUGGAGGUGUGCCGGGACCCGGGCACGGCUCCAGUGUGGAAAGAGCUGGUCCAAACUCCUGUUCCCAGUAGCUACUUCACACCUACAGGUGAAAGCGCUUCCUCAGGGAGGAAGAUUGAUGGAAAGGGCAGGUAGUAAGCUGGUCCAGAUGUGUUCUGUUUGACUCUGCUGGCCAGAAGAGGUGGGACUGCAGGUGGGAUUCCCAUGCCAUUCCCAGGCCCUACGCAAAAGCUCCGUUAAGUUCUAAGGAGACUUUGAAAAUGUUUUUUAUCUCACAAGUUGCUUCAGUAACACAACCUGAUCUGAAGCCUACCUGGAAGCCCAGCAGAAAACUUCCACUACGUUACUCUGUGGGGUUUAUCAGGGUUCCUUUGGGUCGCUGUUUGAUAUUUUUGCCUUGUGUGCACGUGGCCGUUUAUGUUAGCAGCAGGGAGCACAGCGGAGGGUGCACCCCAUCCUUGGCUGCGGCCAGCCAGACACAGCACCUCGGCUUCUGGUGCAGCCCCUGCUCUGGCAGGGACCACGGCAUCCGCAGUGCCCAGCCUUGCCCGCCCGCUCUCGCUCCGCAGCGCAGGGAUAACCCCACUAGCUACCUCGCCGGCGCGUGGUGAGGAGUGGAGCGUUGCUCUUGGAGGAGAAGCGCUGUACGAACGUUCAGGUUUUGCCUUUUGAGACGCCACAGGCCCUUUCUAGGACGAGGGUGCUUGAACUGGUUUUCGUUUAGGGUGUGUUUUUCAGUAACCGUGCAGUAGUUACACUUGUUGGUCUGUUAAAAUGCCGGGGCAGUGUUUCGGGACAGGUAGGGGUUACGUCAGGGGGCUGCUCAGCACCUCUUGGCUUGGGUUCUGUAGCUGGGGGGUCGGUCCUCUGCUUGAAGCACACGUAAGACUCCCGCUGACGCAUCCCAGCGUUUGACUCGCUUGUGGGAGAUCUGAGACCUCUUUCCCCUCGUUCUGACCCGUUUCCCCUCUUUUCAGGUACUCAGCCGUUGCACGUCGUGCUGCGUGCGCGCCCGGGCUGGGGUGCUGUGUAGUACUGACGUUGGAAAAGGUGGUUGGCUCUGGUUUUGGAGACAUGUCAAACGCACAGUACCCGUUGCGUGGCAUUGGGUGCAUGGUGGUCACCAAGAAUUUGGGGGGGUUCCUCCCCUCCAAGCCCUAACAGGAACGAGAAGCAAGGUCCUCGGUCACCUCCAAGCCUGGGGGAAGCCACCAACUGGUUUCAGUGACCUUUGGACCAGGCUUGCCCAUUCCUACCAGUGAGCUUCUUGCUGGGAAGGUCCCCAUCCUCCUUGAUGUGCCACCUAAGCAGCUCUUCUCUAGCCUGCAGCCCCUGAAAGCUGGCAGGUUUGGGAAGAGUUCCCGGGGGCAAAUAGCCUGAGCUGGCUGGAAGCUUGGAGGGAUGCCCGAACCUCUUCUGUCUCUUGCCGCAGAGGAAGAUGCGGGUGUGCGGCAGCGGGGCGGGCAGGAUGUGGCCCAGCCAGCCUCAGCUCUUUUGCUGGCGAUAGGAGGGGAAGGAGAAGGCUGAGGGUGGCAGCUCAGCAGGACAAGUGACUGGCCCAAGCCCCCUGCCCCAGCCCCCUGCAGCGGCCUCAGCAAAACUCAGGAAAGCUGCUGCCCCGUCCUUGUCCUCGCAGCCUUGGGGUGGCACCUCGCUGCCCUCCGGGUAGUUUUAAAGACCAGUGUUGUGGGUUUGGCUUUAGUUUGUUGUUUGGUUGGUUUGUAAUUGAGCACUUUGAGUGGCUGCAGUGCUGGGGGGGGCAGCGGGAGCCAGGAGGGCGGCACUGGGGGACCCACACUGGGGACCCACACCAGGAACCCGUGCCAACGCGGGACGGCGGCUGAGGUCAGGGUUUCAGAGCCUGGCUACCAUCUGCUUUUUCUUUUUAAUUGCUAUUCUUGUUUACAGCGUGGAACGCUUCCUCCAUGACUCUUUCUAAUGUAUUAUAAUUAUUACUUUAAAAAAAAACAACAACGUUUUCAUGUC